CUGACAACUGCUUACAUUUUGACCAAUCCAUGUUGAUUUAUCCUCUAGGAUUAUCACCUAGUGAUGACGCUCUUGGCAAGCUUCAGCGCCCACGCUAUAUAUAGCUCCGGCUGCCACUGCCACUGUCAUUGUCACUGCCGUUCAUCAUCUCAUCUCAACCUAAGAUCCUUUGAUUCACUUUUGAGCCAAUCUCAGCACCUGAAUAAACCUGUCGGGCCCUAGUGGUCAUUUCGCUCGCUCGUAUUCAUUUAAUAUCGAGAUCCUACUUCGCCUCGACGGUCUUUAAGUUGCACCUGCUUGCCUUACACACAGCCUACAUAUAUUGCACAGCUUUACCAUCUCACUCAAAAUGCGCACUCAAGCUAUCGUGACCGUCCUGUUCUCGGCUCUUGCAGGACAGGUUAUUGCCCAGGAUGACUCUCACGAUGCGCCCCGAGUCAACGACAACCCUCCUGGUGUCAAAUACAAGGCUACCCUUCCUAAGGAGCCUUUCUUCAAAGAUGCCGCAAUCGACGGCAAUGUCAAGGGGUUCAUCCAGGCUGAAGCUCCAAGCGAUGGACACGGCGUUCAGUUCAAGGUCCAGUUCAGCAACCUUCCCAAGGAGGGAGGUCCCUUCACAUACCACAUCCACGUUGAACCUGUCCCUGAGAACGGCAACUGUACCGCGACUCUCGCCCAUCUCGACCCUUUUGCUCGUGGCGAGGAGCCUCCCUGUGACCCUGAGAAACCUGCAUCUUGCCAGGUCGGAGACAACAGUGGAAAGCAUGGAAAGAUCACCAGCGACCCCUUCACGGCCGACUACAUCGACUACUACGCCUCGACCAAGGAAGGGAUCGGCGCCUACUUUGGCAACCGGUCCUUUGUUCUUCAUUACGCCAACAAGACCCGUCUGACAUGCGCCAACUUUGUUAACUUGAACCCGGGCGUUAUCGGGUCGAAUUUCACUGCCCCAGCUUACCUCCCUACUCCGACUGAGACUGUCAACCCUGAGACGAACACUCCUACUCCAUCCGGCACAGGCACUGGUGGCAAGCCUAUUUCUACUGAGACUAGCGUUGUUAGUCCCAACGGUGCCUCGUCUGCCACGCUCCCGAUCAACCUUGCUUUGGCCGGUGUCUUUGUUCUCGUUCUUGCGAUGUGAUGGGAGUGAAUGAUGAAACUGGGUUUGAUGCUGCGAGGGGCGAUUUCAGUUCGUUGAUUGUACAUUAAAAAUUCAUGUAUGGAGGCAGAUUGCUGUUCCCACUAACAAAGCUUGCUUGAUACAAGCUGCAGGGUGUUCUAGUCUGUUGACAAGCAGACAUAAUGAAGAAAAAAAACCUAUUUGAAACCUUGACUUUACGGCUGUGGCGCAUGUUGAAGUGAAAAUGAAUGCAAAUCGGCGGUUAGAGGUCACAGGUUGGCGGCCAGUAUUGUACGGCGCAGACGGGUUGUGCUGGCCAUCACUGGCCUAUUGAAAUACAAAUCUUAUGUCAGUUGAUGAAUAUCAGGGUACGUAUAAGAAUGCUGAUCUAUCACUUAAAUGGAAAUCUCGGAAGCUUUUAUUUUAUCACCUUAAGUAGUUUAUAGGAACC